CGCUAUGUAACUGAUGACAACACCGACUGACAGUUUCCGGUUGCCAUAAGUUCUUUCUUUGUGGCAUGGUGUCGGCAUAAGGCACACCAAGAUGCAGAUCUUCGUGAAAACCCUCACGGGUAAGACCAUCACCCUUGAGGUCGAGCCCUCGGACACUAUCGAGAAUGUCAAGGCCAAAAUCCAGGACAAGGAGGGAAUCCCCCCGGACCAGCAGAGGUUGAUCUUCGCCGGCAAGCAGCUGGAAGACGGCCGCACCCUUUCCGACUACAACAUCCAGAAGGAGUCCACGCUCCACCUGGUGCUGCGCCUCCGCGGUGGCGCCAAGAAGCGCAAGAAGAAGAACUACUCCACGCCCAAGAAGAUCAAGCACAAGAAAAAGAAGGUCAAGCUGGCUGUGCUCAGAUACUACAAGGUCGACGAGAACGGAAAGAUCCACCGCCUUCGGCGCGAGUGCACCGGCGAGCAGUGCGGCGCCGGCGUGUUCAUGGCCGUCAUGGAGGACCGCCACUACUGCGGCAAGUGCCACAGCACCAUGGUCUUCAAGGACGACGACAAAUAGGCUAAGUUACCCU